AUGCCAGAUCCCUCCUUCUUGGAUCGCGCAUUGUCGCUUCAAAUUGAGAAUACCGAUGGCACAUGGGUCGGGGAGAUAGAGCCUUCUUCGGUAGAAGAUGGUUCAGCUGUCGUUGCCGAAAUGAGGGCUGUACUGGAGCAAAUUCCAGAGGCUAUCUCGUUAUACAAGUCAGAGUUGGAAAAACUACUGGGAACUUUUAUAAAAUCACACGAGAGCGAACAGCGACUGGUUCAUCGCACCAAAGAAUUUCUCGAACAGAUUCGUUUUAGUCAUGACGUAAUGGUGCGCGACCAAGAAGAAGAAAGUGAGGCUCUCGCACAGAAGAAAAAUAUUACAUCCGAGCUGGAUGCAGUGUUGCGGCAAAUUUCUUCGACGCGGCAGAUAGGAUUGGAAAAGACUCAAAAAGUUAACAAUCUUCGAGGCAAGCUGGAGGCAUUGCAGGAAGAAGUUUCAAAAAUGGCUUUGCCAUUUGGCAAUUCUGGCGAAGUUCUAUUAAACGAAGACCAAGAGUUGCAGAUUGCAACUUUAAGGAACCAGCGGGCUGAAUGUGCACGGGAUGUUGAGACUAAGACGAUAUCUUUACAGGAUAUACGACAAGAGACUGCUAAUCUGUUUACAUUGGUGCAAGAAGAGGAGGCCAAGAAUGCGAGGUUUGAAGAGAAUCAGACAAACGUCGUGCUGCAAAGUCAGGAAGUGCAGAGUCUCUUAGACAAGGAGGUGAGACGCAAAACAAGAUUGGAACAAGAUCUUAGGCUACUCAAGCAAUCUUUUGAGAGAUUGCAGUCUGACAAUGCUGCAUUAGAGUCUCUGAAGAAGGAGAAUGAAGAGAGUUUAUACAAGAAAGAGCUCAUUACGCGUGAGUCCAAGCUUAAAAUGGAUAAGUAUUCGAAACAGUAUGACGCUCUGUAUCGAACAACGCAUUCGUUGACAGAAGCAGUGCAGCUACAGUGGCAGCGAAACGAAGAACUGCACAAGGAGAAUGUGCAGGUUGAACACGAGCUGAAUGUUAAAGAGGAGGAAAUUGAAGCAGUCGCACGGGCUGUACUCAAAACUGAAAAACUGAUGGAGAUUGCUCGGCAGCAGCUACACGAUACUGAGGCAAAGCGCUCUGAAUUUGAGUCAAAAAAUGAGGCUCUUAAGCUGGAACUCGACAAUAUGAUCAAUGUCACAUUGGAAUCCGAAAAAAAACAAAGCGAUCUUCUCACAAAGAAACUCAAAGAAUUGCUGCGUGAGCGGGAGGUACUGAACAAAAUGCUUGUGAAAGCAAAUGAUCGUGGUCAGGCUACUUUCGAUUUAAAAAAGAUUAAGGAGAACACGAUAAAAAACAUGCAGAAUGAAAUUAACGGCAUGAAGUCGUACGUUAGAAAACAGCGGACUCAGGUCCAACUACUCGUUCUUGAACGUGAGAAGUACGAAAAUGAAGCUUCGAAAGCAAACCAAAAGUUUAUGACGUCAUUAGAAGAGGCAAAAUUGCAGGAUUUGCAAGCUGUAUCGUUGCAGCAGAAAAUUCUUGAGAGUGAAAGUCGAUUAAAGCAACAACAAAACCUUUACGAGGCGGUUCGCACCGAUCGGAAUCUGUACAGCAAACAAUUAAUUGAAGGACAAGAGGAAAUUGGAGACUUUAAGCGCAAGUUUAAAAUAAUAAGUCAUCAGAUACAACAGCUGAAAGAAGAAAUUACCUCAAAGGACCAUGCAUUAGUAAAGGAGCAUUUUGACCACCACAAAGUGGAUAAGGAGAAGGAAAUACUUAAAAAUGAGUUGCUACGCAUUAAAAAGCAAAUCCAUUCAUCGGAACAAAUCAUUUUGAACCAAGAGCAAGAAGUUACGAAACUGGCGAAGAUCAUUCAACAAGCAGACGAAGAGAAACAGCGCCAAAUUAAGGAAUACGGGUGUGUUGUACGUGAUCGUGAUACUCUACGGCAGCAGCUUAUCCAGCGCAACGAAGAAAUGAGUGUGCUUUACGAAAAAAUCAAGAUCCAAAAGUCAACUUUGUCGAACGGGUUCUCUUUAUACAACGAGAAGGUUAAAGAGGUCAGCGAUCUAAAAUCACGAAUUGAUACUCUCACGCAUGAAAGAGAUCUGAGUAGCAAUCAAUUAUCACAUGAAAGCUCGCUGCAGCAAGAACUUCUUCGUCUGGAAAAGAAAUUGUUGCAAGAAAAGACUAAAAUUCGAGCCCUGCUUGAAGAACAUGACCACCCAUUAAACGUCCAUCGGUGGCGAAAACUGGAGGGCAGUGAUCCAAAGCGUUUUGAGAUGAUUCGAAAGCAUCAAAGAAUGCAAAAGAAGUUAAUCCGAAAACAUGAAGAAACCACCAUCAAAGAUUUACUUAUUGUGGAAAAGGAAAAAUUGUACGUCGAGCUGAAAACUAUUUUAGCUCGACAGCCAGGUGCUGAAGUCGCAGAGCAGUUAUUGGUGUACAAAGAAACAUUGAAGGGAAAACAAACGCAGAUGAAACAGAUGGAAGACGAACUUCAGAUGUAUAAAAUGCAGGUAAAUGAAUACCGCGACGAGCUUGGCCGGAUUGACACUGAAAAGCAGCAAAUUCAGCAGGAAUGGAUUAACUGGCAGUUGAACUUGUACAGCAAACAGUUUAGAUGUCCUAAAAAUGAGGCUACUGUUCAGGUGCACGGGGAUUCAGCUUCGCAUGGAAACCAAGAGGACUGA